UUGUACUAACAGCCAUUUAUCCCUGUGUGCUGUGUGUCUGUUGCUGUCUGUAGUGUGUCUGUAAACGGCUGUAAACCCUGGGAAUAUCACCUCCUCUCAUGGAAUACCUGGGAUCCGUGAAUCUCCCCUCGCGACCGGCCAACUGACGUCCCAAAGUGUGUGUUUCUCCCCGGGAUGUGAGCGCCUGAACCCGGGAGCACGUUGACGGUUAUCCGCCAGUUUGGGAGCUAAUCAUAACCGUUCUUUUUUAAACUGGGAUUACUGGGACAUUUAUACAUGAACGGUGGUCGGAUACGGAUUUCAAACGGGGAGGCGAUGUGGGGAGCAGGGUGGCGGCGCCGGGUCCAGCCCUGAGGAGGCGUCCUGCGGCUGGGAGGAGCGCGGCCCUCCUCUGGCCCCCCUGUGGAGCUCCGGGGCGCUCACACUAAGAUGUCCCUCAGCAGCGGCCCUGCAGGCGGGAAAGGACUCGACUCCAACGCGGUGGACACGUACGACAGCGGCGACGAGUGGGAUAUCGGAGUGGGAAACCUAAUAAUCGACCUGGACGCCGACUUGGAAAAGGACAAACUGGAAAUGUCGAGUAGUAAAGAGGGAGGAGGCAUGGCGGCCCCCCCACAAAGCGCCGUGGCUACUUUACCGGAGAAUAUAAAGUUUGUUAGCCCGGUAGCCGCCGCGGCCGCUCAGGGCAAAGAAAGCAAAUCCAAAUCAAAGCGUAGUAAAAACUCUAAAGACAGCGUGAAGGCGCCGGGACCAGACGCCAAGAAGGAGGUUCUGGUUCCCCCGCAGAACUCAACCCCUACGAAGGGAACGGACAAGUCAAAUAAACCCUCCCGCACACCCCCCGCGGUGAAAAAGGACAAAGACGGGGUGUCGGGGAAAUCUAAGAAGGAGAAAAUGGAGGCGGUGGUUGUUUCUGUCAACGCAGAGAAGGAGGUUCCAGUCCCUCGCAGCGGACUUUCCUUCGAGGGACAACUGAUCCCGGAUCUGUCUGCCGUCGAGCAGCAGAUCGGGAACGUGAGUCUGGACUCGGCGGGGAUUGGACAGCCCGUCGCCAUGACGACAGAGCAGCAGCAGCAGCAGCAGCAGCAGCAGCAGCAGGAGGAGGAAGUGGACAACGGGGAGUGUCGAAGUCUGAAGAAAGUGGGCGGAGUGAAGAUGGAGUCUCCGAUCUCCACGCCGGCUCCUCCUCCGCUCCACCCCCUCGUCUCGGGGUCCGGCGGGGACAUCUCGUCCCCCUGCGAGCAGCUGAUGGUCCGGACGCGCUCGGUGGCCGUGAACACAGCCGACGCCGCGCUCGCCACGGAGCCCGAGUGCCUGGGACCCUGUGAGCCAGGCACCAGCGUCAACCUGGAGGGCAUCGUGUGGCAGGAGACGGAGGACGGCAUGCUGGUGGUGAACGUCACCUGGAGGAACAAGACGUACGUCGGGACCCUGCUGGACUGCACCAGACAUGACUGGGCCCCCCCGAGGUUCUGCGAGUCUCCCAGCAGUGACGUGGAGAUGCGCGGCGGUCGAGGUCGUGGGAAGCGGAUUCGACCCGGCAGCAACACGCCGCUCAACGACAACAGCAACUCCUCCGACAAUAAAGGGAGCGGCAGCAGUAAGACGCGCGGUGGCGGCAGCGCGGCGGCGGCUAACAGCAAAGGGCGGCGAGGCAGCCAGACGGCCAUGUUGGGAGGAACUGAAGCUAGUCCAUCUUCCAACAAGAGGAAAAACAAACCCGCGUCCGACAUGGAACCAACUUCCAGCUCCGAGGACACAAAGGCCUCUAAACGAAUGAGGACAGACUCCACCGGUAACGCUCUCCCACUUCCUGGAGGAAAACCGGAUUCCCUUCCUCCUCCAAUGUUGGAUUGCCCCUCCCCCGUCCUCAUCGACUGCCCUCACCCCAACUGCAACAAGAAGUACAAGCACAUGAACGGGCUGAAGUACCACCAGGCGCGGGCGCACAACGACCACGACGUUCAGGACGUGGACAGCGAGUACGGAGACGAUGUUCUAACCCACUCUGACGCUCCUGGUUCUUGUAACGGAGCCGCCGCCAUUUCUCCCGCUCGCUCAACGACUCCUAAAGGACGGGGGUUCGACGCGCCUUCGCCCUCGCCGGGAAGGAUGAAGGUGAGGAAGAAGGAGGCGGAGAUGGAUGCGGAGUUGGAGGAGGAAGGGGCGUGUCUUACGGACGAGGCAAGCAACGACGGGUUGGACGACAGGAAGUCCAGGAAGACGACGGGAGGCGGAAAACCUGAUAAAGUGACUCAGAAAGGCGUGAAACCCGGACGUCCUUCCGCCGCCUCCCCUUCCCCUUCUUACGCCUUACAGAACACUUCCCCCGCCUCCUCCGUGGUGCAGCAGCCAAUCCCCAAGAGCUCCGCCUCCAGCCCUGGCCCCACCCCCACCAAGGACAAGAAGAAGAAGAAGAAGAGGGAGGGAGGCAGGGAAGGAGACAGUCCUAAAGGAAAGGGAGGAGGGAAUAGAGAGGAGGAUUCUCCGGACUCCCUUCUGAACGGAUCGGAGCAUCAGAAUCGUUUGGCGAGCAUCAAAGCGGAGGCGGAUAAGGUUUACAGUUUCUCCGACACGGCGCCCAGCCCCUCGCUCGGCCGGGGGGAGGGGGGGCACCUGAACGGGGCCGAAACAGGAAGCCCCGCCUACUCGGACAUCUCCGACGCCGGGGAGGACGGGGAGGCGAGGACGGGGGAGGUGAAGGUGAAGACGGAGCCCGACCAGGCGCCGCGAGAAGGUGCUAAGAAGACCCUGUUCCCCCCCCAGCCGCCCGGGAAGGACUACUACCCAAACUACGACUCGUAUUACUCCCCCACGUACCCCAACGCCAGCCCUGCCGCACCCCCCCUCAUGGAGGGUGUCCAGGUGAAGAAGGAGGAGGAGUCGGAGGUGGAGCCUCUGGAGGACAGGAAGCAGGACCCUCAGCAGGACCCUCAGCAGCCGUCUGUGAUCCAGCCGCGCUCCAACAUGUACGCGCAGCAGCUUUACUACAACCAGUACUACGUGCCCCCCUACUCCUACCCCCCCGACCAGAACUACCACGCCCACCUGCUGGCCUCCAACCCCGCGUACCGACAGCAGCACGACAACAAGAAGGCCUCGCUGCCCCCCCCCACGCUCUCCAGAGCCCCCAGCCUCUCAGACCUGGGGGGCAGCAAGGGGGGCCCCAAGCCAAAAGAGCCCAAAGAGCCCAGAGAGCCCAGAGAGCCUAGAGAGCUGAAGGAGCCUAGAGAGAUGAAGGAGCUGAAGGAGCUGAAGGAGCUGAAGGACCCUCGAGACCCUCGAGAAACCCCCCAGGUAACUGCAGAGGGCAAAUCUGUGAUCAUGUCGAAAGGCGAGGAGCAGAAAGUCCCGCCUCCUCCAGCCGCUGCCGUCCAACCAGAAGGCCUGAAGAUGAAGCUGAGUGAAGCAGGGCAUCAUGGGAAAGAAGAGGGGGGGAAACAGGGAGGAGUGGAGCCCGCCAUGUGGUACAGACAGGAGCCGGACUCUCGCCUCUGGCCCUAUGUUUAUCCCAACAAAUACCCAGAAGCCCCAAAGCCUCAGGAGGAGGAGAGAGAGCGAGAGAGAGAGAGGGAGAGGAAAGGAAAGGAGGAGCGAUCGAGACCUAAAGAGCACCAGAAGGAGAAGGAGGAGGUGAAGGAGGAGGUGAAGGAGGGUGAUCACCGAGGGGGGGGUAAGGAGGCGCGCCCCCCGCCCCCUCCCCAGAUGCAGUUCUCCUCCCCUAUGCCCCAGCAUCACCAGGGUUACCUGCCCUACAUGCCGGGGCCGUACGCCUACAGCCACGGGUACGAGGGGGCGGGGCACCCGGGGUUCAGAGGCCUGCCCUCCGUCAUGAUGCAGAACUACCCCGGCUACCUGCCGGCCGGCUACUCGUUCCCUUCCUACGGGGGGAAGGCUGCGGGGGCGGAGGAGGGGGAGAAAGCCUCCAGGUCCAGCCCCACCGUGAAGCCCCCCCCCGCAGAGAACAAAGCUCUGGAGCUGCUGCAGCAACACGCCAGCCAGUACAAGAGCAAAUCCCCCUCAGUGCAGGACAACAAGCCCCAAGAGAGGGAGAGGGAGGGGCCCCGGAACUCCCCCUCCCAACGCAUGCUGCCCUCCCACCAUCACCUGGGGUACCCUCUGCUGGGGGGGCAGUACGACCUGUCCUACGCCUCAGGUCUCUCGUCUUCAGCCAUCGUCGCCAGUCAGCAGGCGUCGGCCCCGUCCAUGUACCCCCCCCCACGGAGGUGAGAACGGCACACCUGAUUGGCCGCCCGGAGUCAUGUGACUGGAUCACAUGAGGAAGCAUCUGUGUUUCUACAUCAGUUCAAUGGUGUUUGUGUGCGUUUGAUUUCUCCGCCUGGACGUCCAGCACAACACCCCCCGCCCCCCCCCCCCCCCCCCCCCCCCCCAACACACACACACACACACACACUGCUGAGACUCCAGGGGGUCCAGUUCAGCGGACUACUGGUUCCAAUGGUCCUGGAGGUCCUUCUAAAGCCUGAGGUCCUACUGGUUCCAAUGGUCCUGAUGGUCCUUCUAAAGCCUGAGGUCCUACUGGUUCCAAUGGUCCUGAUGGUCCUUUUAAAGCCUGAGGUCCUACUGGUUCCAAUGGUCUCCAAUGGUUCUGAUGGUCCUGCUAAAUCCAGAAGAAAUCAUGAGGUCCUUCUGGUUCCAAUUGUUCUCAUGGUUCUCAUGAUCCUUCUAAAGCCGGAGGUCCUGCUGUUUCCAAUGGUUCUAAUGGUCUCCAAUGGUUCCAAUGGUCUCCAAUGGUCUCUAAUGGUUCCAAUGGUCUCUACUGGUUCCAAUGGUCUCUAAUGGUUCCAAUGGUCUCUACUGGUUCCAAUGGUCUCUAAUGGUUCCAAUGGUCUCUACUGGUUCCAAUGGUCUCUAAUGGUUCCAAUGGUCUCUACUGGUUCCAAUGGUUCCAAUGGUCUCUAAUGGUUCCAAUGGUCUCUACUGGUUCCAAUGGUCUCUAAUGGUUCCAAUGGUCUCUACUGGUUCCAAUGGUCUCUACUGGUUCCAAUGGUCUCCAAUGGUUCCAAGGGUCUCUAAUGGUUCCAAUGGUCUCUACUGGUUCCAAUGGUCUCUAAUGGUUCCAAUGGUCUCUACUGGUUCCAAUGGUCUCUAAUGGUCUCCAAUUGUUCCAAUGGUCUCUAAUGGUUCCAAUGGUCUCUUAUGGUUCCAAUGGUUCCAAUGGUCUCUAAUGGUCUCCAAUGGUCUCUAAUGGUCUCUACUGGUUCCAAUGGUCUCCAAUGGUCUCUAAUGGUUCCAAUGGCCUCUACUGGUUCCAAUGGUCUCCAAUGGUCUCUAAUGGUUCCAAUGGCCUCUACUGGUUCCAAUGGUCUCUAAUGGUUCCAAUGGUCUCUAAUGGUUCCAAUGGUCUCUAAUGGUUCCAAUGGUCUCUACUGGUUCCAAUGGUCUCUACUGGUUCCAAUGGUCUCCAAUUGUUCCAAUGGUCUCUAAUGGUUCCAAUGGUCUCCAAUGGUCUCCAAUUGUUCCAAUGGUCUCUACUGGUUCCAAUGGUCUCCAAUGGUCUCCAAUGGUCUCCAAUGGUCUCUAAUGGUCUCUAAUGGUUCCAAUGGCCUCUACUGGUUCCAAUGGUUCCAAUGGUCUCCAAUGGUUCCAAUGGUCUCUAAUGGUUCCAAUGGUCUCUAAUGAUCUCUAAUGGUUCCAAUGGUCUCUAAUGGUUCCAAUGGUCUCCAAUGGUUCCAAUGGUCUCUACUGGUUCCAAUGGUCUCUACUGGUUCCAAUGGUUCUGAUGGUCUCCAAUGGUUCCACUGGUUCCAAUGGUCUCUAAUGGUUCCAAUGGUCUCUACUGGUUCCAAUGGUCUCUAAUGGUUCCAAUGGUCUCUACUGGUUCCAAUGGUCUCCAAUGGUUCCAAUGGUCUCUACUGGUUCCAAUGGUCUCUACUGGUUCCAAUGGUUCUGAUGGUCUCCAAUGGUUCCACUGGUUCCAAUGGUCUCUAAUGGUUCCAAUGGUCUCUACUGGUUCCAAUGGUCUCUAAUGGUUCCAAUGGUCUCUACUGGUUCCAAUGGUCUCUACUGGUUCUGAUGGUCCUUCUAAGUCCAGAGGUCCUUGUGGUUCUGGUGUGUUCCGUCUGAAGGACACAGAUGUUGCUGCUGUGACGGACGAGCAGCGGAGGGUCGGACAUUUUCUUUUUUUUUCUUUUUUUUUUUACAUAUCCUCGUUACAUUUCUGCGAGCGACCCCCAGACUUUACCUGCUCUGACCUUUGACCUCUGACCUCCACCUGGAAGUAUCUCAGCUUCACAGGAAAUAAAAACUAAUACUGUGGGUGGAGGAGAACGGACCAAUCAGAGCGCAGCCUCAGACUCCUCCUCCUCCUCAGUGUGUAGCUGUACUGUACUGUGUGUGUGUCUGCGUGUGUGUGUGUGUGUGUGUGCCUGUGUGUGUGUGUGUGUGUGUGUGUGUGUAAAUACUGUACAGAGGAAUUAUUUUAAAGAGCCUGUUGGAUGCUGUUGGAUUUCCUACUCUUCUUCUUCUUCUUCUUUUUGUCUGGUAGCCUCUGCCUCUGUUUUUCUACUGUUGUUGAUCUGAUAUUAAAUCUGUAGCUGGAGACCGGC